AUGGCCGGCCUCAUCCGCCAAUUAUUUCGCCAACCGGCGUGUCAGGUCACAAGGCGAUCGCUCACGAGGGCGAACCGACCUGUAGCCGGCGCAGGCGGGUCGGCGUGGUGCACCGCGACGAACCAGCGGCAACAUCUCAGCCCUUGCCGCCGGCACAUGUCCUCGCGGAGGACGCCGGCGUCGAUUGCGGCGGGCGGUAAAGGCAGCCAGGGGAACGACGGGCGGUGGCAGCAAAGGAGCGACUUGCUCCCCGCGGAUCGCAUGUCCGAGUUUGAAACGUUUCCGAUGGUGACGGCCAACGACUUGCGGUCGCACAAGCAGAGGCCGAGGCGGGUCAAGAUGCUGCUCCGAGAUUUUGUAGAGGACAGCUUGUAUAACCCGCACUACGGCUACUUUUCCAAGGAAGCCGUCAUCUUCAGCCCCGGCGAGCCUUUCAACUUCUCCGCCAUGCGCGACAACAUCGAGUUCUUCUCCGACCUCUCGCGGCGCUACACCGAGUUCGAGGACCAGCUCGACGAGGCCGAGGGCCCCAACCCGACCCGCCAGCUCUGGCACACCCCGACCGAGCUGUUCCGCCCUUACUACGGCGAGUCCAUUGCUCGCUACCUAGUCGCCAACUACCACCUCACUUCGUACCCCUACCACGACCUCAUCAUCUACGAGAUGGGCGCCGGCCGCGGCACCCUCAUGCUCAACAUCCUCGACUACAUCCGCGACAUGGACCCCCAAGUCUACGCCCGCACAAAGUACCGCGUCAUCGAAAUCUCGUCCAACCUCGCCCAGCUGCAGAAGAAGAACCUCGCCGGCGACCACGGCGACAAGGUGGAAAUCAUCAACAAGUCCAUCUUUGACUGGAACGAGAGCGUGCCGUCCCCCUGCUUCUUCCUCGCCAUGGAGGUCUGGGACAACUUCCCCCACGACGCCAUCCGCUACGACCUCGAGACAGAGACCCCGUUGCAGGCCGUCGUCCUCAUCGACUCGGAGGGCGAGUUUUACGAGUUCUACACCCCAGAGCUCGACCCCGUCGCCGCCCGCUUCUUCCGCGUGCGCGAUGCUGCCACCGGCGGCCGGUACCCCCGCCCCUACCCCUCUCAUCCCGCUCUCCGGAGGCUCCAGAAGCGUCUCCCCAUGGCGGGCAACCUCUCCGACCCAGAGUUCAUCCCCACGAGGCUCUUGCAGUUCUUUGACGUACUAGAGAGAUACUUCCCCGCCCACAGGCUCCUCUCCUCCGACUUCCACUCCCUUCCCCAGGCCAUCAAGGGCCUCAACGCUCCCGUCGUACAAACUCGAUUCGAGCGGAGGAUGAUUCCCGUCGGGACACCUUUGGUUCACCAGGGAUACUUUGACAUCUUGUUCCCCACCGACUUCCAAAUGAUGGAAUCCAUGUACCGUGCCAUCACCGGCAAGCUUACACGUGUUCUCUCUCACGAGGAGUACAUGCGCCGCUGGGCCUUUGUCGAGGACACCGAGACCCGCACCGGGGAAAACCCCUCCUGA